AUGGAGGGGCCCCCCAGUAAGACUGAGGAGGGAUGGGCUCAGUUUAUAGAAAAAUACAAACGGCCCCCUGCUGUCUUCAGCCCUUCUCUGCCUUUUGAGGCGGCUGCAGAGGCGGAGUCUUACAGAGGAGCGAGAGUGAACGAAGACGAAGACGAAGACGAAGACGAAGACGAAGAUGAAGAGGAGGAAGAAGAUGAAGAGGAGGAGGAGGAAGAAGAAGAAGCAAACGAAGCAGAAGAAGGAGGAGCAGCCUCAAUGAAUUUCCCUGAACGCAAGACGGACCCGUAUGAGGCACUGUUUGACUACGCCUCUCUCAAAGGCGGAGCUUACCGGGACCUUACCCACGAAGAAGUCAUUCGAAUGCGGGAGGCCUACCAACAGAAACUUCUCCUAGACAGACGCAUCCGCUGGCUUAAGGCCAGGGCACUACCCGACCCAGAAAAAGAAGCAGCAGCUCUCAUACGUCAACACGACCCACAAACGGAAGAUUCUCUUAUUAAGAGCUUAGGCUUGGAUGAUGGUGUGAGGGCAGCGCGCCGUAUGGUUCGAAUGGAAGCAGAUGCGGAACGGCAGGAACUGGCGUCUCGUAUUAGAGCAAAGAUACGCGAGGAGAAGCUUGCAAAUGCAAAACUUAUGAAGGCUGCACUGCCUAAUGUUCAAGGCCAAAUUAUAGAUCCCAUAAAGUUCCACGUGGCGCGAAGAACUGUCCGCCAAGCUCGGCUUUUGCAGUCGCAGCUAGAAGAGUUCCUCACUUGGAACUCGGCAGAGGUCCUCUACGGCCUCCUGGGCGGAGCUUCAGUUUCGAUUCAUCAUGUGGAACAGCAGACUACCAGGUCAACGUGUUAUGUUUACUUCACCGUCGCGUCUAGGCACGACCCCAAAGAUGUGGAGGAGAAGCUGAAUCGAGCUGCACCGCAUCUACGAAUGCAGAUGGCAAGGCGUUUAGAACUGGGGUAUACACCUGCGUUUCGCUUCAUACACCAUUCAGAAGACGAGCUAAUCGAUAAGCACAUGCUUUCCAAGUGGGCAAACGAACGCCCAGUCCGCGAUGCGAAUGCAAGAAAACAGAAACAACAAGUCGUUGCAGCCACAUGGGGAGCAACCAUGAAGGGAACUGUCUGA